UAUAAUGAUGAAAUCGUAUACUUUCACGUGACUUAGUUUUAAAGAUUUCACACAAUGUAUACAACUUCUUAUGUAAAUACUCACUUUCUUACAACACAGAUAUUUCACUUAUGGACCUAAUUAACUUAUCAAUUAUGACGCAUUCGGUGAUGUUAUCCAACAUGUAAAGAAGAUGGUGGACAUGGACUCGUAUUAUUGGAAAAGGUAUCAUAACUAUUUACAGACUGGCGGUGGUAGCGAUGGUUUGUUUCCUGUAUAUUUGCACGACGGAGAGUGCACCCGGUACGACGCUCAAUAUAAACCGUAUCUUCUUAGGGCGGUGUUUGGAAUACCAGGAACUAACAAAAGGAACACUUAUACAACCAGUGAAAGUCAAUUGCACUGAGCUGUGGUCAGUCUUUGCGAAAGCCUGGAUACAUAAAGAUCCCCGGUCUAUUGUUCCAUCAGAUUUUGAUGAAUUCUUUGAUACUGCGAAACAAACUGAUCUCCCCAAAGACAAGAUAUUGCUGUGGUCAGGCACUUAUGGUAUCGCUCACGAAUACUCAAAUCAAGGUAGGCGUUACGUUACCCUAGAAGACUCACUGAUUGGCUAUUUGGUGAAUGGUCUGACAUGGUGUGGGAUGGUCUGUAGCAAGUGUGAUGGGAUAAAUUACGUAGAAUGCCCCGAGUUCUCAGAUUUGCCCAGAGAAGCCAAUCAAGCGUUUUGGGGCGGAGCUUCAAGAACGUUUGCCAGAACGUCGUCAGGCAUGGUUAGACUUAUGGUAUCUGGUACAAAUGAAAAUCGACAGGCAUAUAGCAAAGAAAGUUAUUUCGGACAAUUUGAACUUCCUUCACUUUCAUCAGAUGUGCACUUGCAAGUGAUUCUGGUUAACUUUUUGGACAAAAUACCAUUAGAACGGUGUAACACGGGAUCUCUUGUUGCGCUGCAGAAGGAUGUGGAAAGUAGAGGGCUGUCAUACAGCUGUACUGAGAAUCCACUUGAUGUUUUACACCUUAUGUGUGUAAGUGACCCUUCCGCAACAAAGUGUGAAAUUGACCGACCAACAGAUGUAUUGAGUGCUCCCCCAUCUUUGCCAGAUGUACUUUCAGGUCGUGUACGACAAAGAAAUGAGUUGCAAGAUGAUUUUCGAGUAGAAUAAAAUAUAUUUAAGCAUCUAUCCCUACCACAAUUGUAUAUUUUAUUUGGUGAUAAUCUCUUAACCUUUCACUGAUUUAAAUAUUCUCUGAAAUGGUUGUAAAGUGCGUUGAAUAGAUUAUGUUUAUUGACUGACUGUUUGACACUGUAACUGCUACUUUGCCCAACAAAUCGUUUCCCAGAUUGUUCAUGGGAGGCUGUUGGUAUUAAAUUUGAGACUACUUCUUUCCAAGGCACCAAUAUAUAUAACAAGAUGGAAAAGUUCAGUUGAAAAUAACAGACUACUGUCUUUUGAUUAAUCUAUAAUAUAGAUUCUAUUUCAUUUUGUGAUUUGUCGCUGAAUAAAAUCAUUGUUAGAAGUUCAGAUGCGAAGGAAUUAUAUCAAGAGGGCGCAUAUAAUAUGCAUCUGAACGACAAUGAAACAAUUGUUUUAUUCAAGAUUAUUUUUACGCCGAAACAUUCAUUUAUUAAUAAACCGGCGAUUUUUUUAAUACGCGGAAACAUACUUUUUACGCUUUAUCCCUGUUAAUAAACUGCUAAAACGGAAGAAAGGGGUAUGCAAGCAAAGGUAUAUUGACGAAUAAAUAUAGUGUUUGAAAUA